AUCAGUCCCAAUCGUCAUUCAUCAUGCUCCCAGGCUCUGGAACAGCUCAGAUCUUGAUGGUCAACAACGGCUUCCUCAGCCGCGGCACGCAUGCCGACUGGUACGCCACGUCGUCCGAAACGCCCAUAACCCCUCCGGUCAUGUGCUUUGUGAUCCGCAAAGACGGGCGCAACUACCUCUGGGACCUGGGCAUGCGUGUCGACCUUCACAAGGUCGGCCGGACAUGGCCGACCCAACCAGAUGUCCGCCUCUCCCUGCCGCGCGACCUGCCGCCUGAGCUCGCCCCCUCCGCCGUCUACCUCUCGCAUUAUCACUGGGAUCAUUCCGGCGACCCACUUACCGUCCCGCGGGAUGUGCCGAUCUACGUGAGCCCGGGAACGCUCGACGCGCUCAAGAAGGGAUUCGACGAGUACGUCGGCGACCAGUCAGCCGAGUGUGUCGCGCGGCUGUCCGAGCUACCCGAGGGCGACCUCGUCGUUGAUGGAUUCCCGCACAUGGGACACGACGUGUUCGGGGACGGGAGCUUCGUCGUCCUGCCCGCCCCGGGACACUGUCCCGGACACAGCGUCGCGGUGGUGCGCACAACAGCCGCGCCCGACAGCUAUAUGGUGCUAGGUGGCGACUCGGGCCACCACCGCAGUUUGUAUGAUCCCUGCCCCUGCCACGCGCGCGUGAGCACAUUCGGCCGCCGCAAGCUCCACCGCGACCCCGAAGCCAGCUUGGAGCACCUGUCUCGCCUGUCGGGCGUUCACGCUCGCGACGACUCGUGGGUGGUUUUGGCACAUGAGGAGGAAGUGAUGGCCGCGGGCGUGCCGGAACGAGAGUGGCUCAAUGACUGGAGGGUCAAAGGCUGGAAGGAGAAGGUUGCCGCCGUCCGGCUAGCGAAGGGCUGUUGGGUGGAGAACACGAACGCCGCUUAG